UAUAGUUUAGUUUGUUGUCAUUUCUUUAUAGAGCCUCAUCGCUUGGCAAGCCAAGGGACAAAAAAGAAGACAUAGAGAGGUCAAGAUAUGGAGAUUGGUGAUACAAGAGAGAGUAUUGUAAUUGUGGGUGGUGGGAUUUGCGGCCUUGCCACUGCUCUUGCUCUUCACAGGAAAGGCAUUAGAAGCGUGGUCCUGGAAAGAUCAAACAGAUUGCCAGCAACCGGGGUAGCUAUUAUCGUGCAUCUAAACGGCUGGCGUGCACUUGAUCAGCUUGGUGUUGCCUCACUCCUUAGACAAACUUCUUUUCCUAUACUCUCCGGACAACUUAUUUCACUCGGUAGUGGUGAAAUUGAAAAUAUGGAUGUAGGGAAAGAAGAACUGAGAGUUUUGAAGAGGACUGAUCUCGUUAGUGUUUUGGCUGAUAACUUGCCUCCAAACACUGUACGUUUCGGGUGCGAAGUGCAUUCUGUUAAGUUGAAUCCCGGAACUUCUUCUCCAGUUCUUCAACUUCAAGAUGGAACAAUUUUGAACCCCAAGGUUGUGAUUGGAUGCGACGGAGUGAACUCAAUCGUAUCAAAUGUGAUGGGGAUGAAGGCUUCUAAUAUUUUCAGAAUAUGUGUCAUAAGAGGCUUCACAAGAUAUCCAGAUGGUCAUGAAUUCGGUAGUGAGUUCACUUUAACGAGAAAAGAUGAUACUCAGGUGGGACGACUCCCCAUGACCGAAAGCCUGGUGUAUUGGUUCAUGACUCGAAAACAUUCUUCUCAAGAUUCGGCAGCUUCUAAGGACCAGAAACUAAUUCGGGAGUUGGGAGUGAAAUCGGUGGAGGGCUUCCCUACAAGCAUCAUAGAGAUGUUUAAGAAUUGCGAGCUAGACUCUAUACAUCUCACAGAGUACGUGAGAUACCAUGCACCAUGGGACAUACUACGAAUACCCUCUCGCGCGGGGACUGUGUCACUGGCGGGAGAUGCCAUGCAUACCAUGGGACCUUUCCUUGCACAAGGUGGCUCAGCCGCACUAGAAGAUGCAGUUGUGCUUGCUCGGUGCCUAGCUCAGAAAACUCGCGUUGAUCUAAGAGGAAGAGGAACUAAACUGAUGGUAGAGGAAGCGUUGGAUCAGUAUGUGAAAGAGCGAAAGACUCGAGUUCUGCGAUUGUCUUUGCAGACAUACCUGAUUGGGAAAAUGUUUCAUACUUCAUCACAGUUUGUUAAGCUCAUAUGCAUUGUCCUUCUGGCAGUCCUGUUUAGCGAGUCACACGGCCAUACCCGCUACGACUGCGGCAGUCUCUAAGAUCGAUGAAGAUAUGGGUCUGCGUCAAGUUUAAGGACUAGGUGAUAUCUGUAGAAUUUUGUUUCCUGGAAAUAAAAUUUCUAUUUGAUGGAAAAUAAGGAGAUAAUAAACUAAUUGAGAUAAUAAACUAAUUGAGAUAAAAAUAGGGAAUAUUUGUCC